AUGGAGAAUAUGAAGGUGUUGCAUGCAAAAGUAAAGAAAUGGGAUGAUAAGACAGAUCCACUGGCUAAGCUAGAUGACUUCCAGCUAAGCAUUAUCAAUCAGAUUGAAGAAAUAAAUUCAAAUUCAUUGAAAAUCAAGGGAGAGAAUGUUGCAAUUGAAUCUACUGAUGAGACAACGGAAAUUCCAGUCAUUGAAUCAAUACCAAAAUUCCUAGUAUGGUUCGACAAAACAGAGGAAAUAAACGAUGACAGAAGUGAUGAUGUGUACCAUAAGUACUAUAGACAUUUAGAAGAUCAGACGAAGCAAUGUGAUGCAUUAUUAAAUGAAAUUGACACAAGCAUAGCUGGACUAGACAAGCUAAUUACAGAAUAUAACUUUGUUAAUACAAAAACGUCAUCAUUAAAUGAUGCAAGCGAAAACCUAAUAAGAGAGCAACGACAUCUAAGUCAAAUUAGUGAUGAUAUUAAGACACGACUAAAGCAUUUUACACAAGUUGAACAUCUAAUUCAGCGAUUACAGAAUCCAACAUUUUCACCAGCAAGUCCACAGUUUUCCGAAAUAAUUGUCAAUAUUGACGAUAGCAUGGAAUAUUUAAAGGAACAUCCAUCGUACAAAGAAAGUGCUACUUAUUUAGUUAAAUAUAGACAGUGUCUACUAAAAGCAAUUCAAAUGAUAAAAUCUUAUGUCACGCACAUUCUGCUGACAGCAACUGAACAGGUGUUGAAUCCCAAAGCAGGUUCGUCCGUGAAAGAACAACUCAAGAUUACAGAUAAGACAUCUGAAGCAGUGUUUGCCUUGUAUUAUGGAAAGUUUCAAGCGUCAUCGUUAAAAGUCAAAAAAGUCAUAAAUCUUGUUGAGAAACGAUUCGAAAGGAACAUCGAGUACGAGAAUUUACUAAGCGAAUUGCAUCAGUUCUAUUUGUCACAGCGUGCAAUAAUAAUGAGUUCUGGAGUUGACAGUGCAAUCAAAGAUUUAUGUGCUAAACAUAAAGGCGAUCACUGUGCUUUAUUUCGAGCUUCAUGCACCUUCUUAGUUCACAUCUGUCAAGAUGAAUAUAGAUUAUUUUAUCAAUUCUUUUCCGUACAGAGUGCACAGCUUACUUCAUAUAUGGAAGGACUGUGUACAAUAUUAUAUGACUCUAUUAGACCAUUCAUCGUACAUAUUAAUCAUUUAGAGACACUAGCUGAAAUUUGCAGUAUUCUACGAGUAGAAAUGCUUGAUGAACACGUAGCACACAAUCCGGAGGCACUCGAAGCUUUUGGUCAAUUAAUACAGCAAAUGUUGGAAGAUGUGCAGGAACGAUUAAUCUUUAGAGCACAUCUUUAUCUGCAAUCUGACAUUUUACAAUAUAAUCCAUCAGCAGGUGAUCUUGCAUAUCCAGAGAAACUUGAAAUGAUGGAAAGUAUUGCAUUGUCUUUACAAGAGCAUCAACAGCCAUUGAAAAGGGCAGACUCGAGAAGUUCAAUGCUGUCAAUUACAUCAACUGAAGUAGAACAGCAUUUUAAAUCGCGUACAGGAAAUUCACCCGCUGAUUUACAUGGAAUGUGGUAUCCAACUGUUAGACGAACUUUAGUAUGUUUAUCACGUCUUUAUCGUUGUGUCGAUCGUCCAAUUUUUCAAGGUUUAAGUCAGGAAGCACUUUCAUAUUGCAUACAAAGUCUUGCGACUGCUUCAUUAUCCAUUUCAACUAAUAAAUCAAGCAUUGACGGUAAAUUGUUUGAAAUUAAGCAUUUGUUGAUUCUUCGCGAGCAAAUAGCACCGUUUCGUGUUGACUUUACGAUGAAGGAAACAAGCUUGGAUUUUAGCAAAAUGAAAACUGCAGCUUAUGAACUUUUACAAAAGAGGAAGCAACUAUUUGCACUUGGCACUACUAAUGCCUUGUUAGAAUUUCUACUUGAAGGCACACCACAAGUGAAAGAGCACUUAUUAGACUCCCGCAAAGACGUUGAUAGACAGUUAAAAAUAUCAUGCGAGCAGUUCAUUAAAGAUGCAACGAAGCAACUUGUUGGACCAAUAAUAACAUUUAUAGAAAAUGCACAGAAUUUAUUAAAACAAGCCUCAUCGCAACAGCCGGCAUCGAAUAUGGUAUUGAGACAAACACCAUGGGCAUCGCCACAACAAAUUAGUCCAUUCAUUCAAGAAUCGAUACGUAAUAUUAAAAGCAAACUUUCAUCCAUUCAACGUUCCAUGCAAUUAUAUUUGUCCAAUAAAGAUACAGAGUUUAUUUUAUUCAGGCCGAUAAGAAAUAAUAUAAUAGGCUCAUUUAUGCGAUUAGAGCAGCUCCUAGUAACAAAUAGCUACAGUAAAGAGGAUUUAAUUAUCGUCAGUCUACCAACUUCAGAUCAGGUGUCUGUCAUCAUAAGCAAUGCAAGCUUAGUAGCUGAUUCCCAGCAGGAAACUGAGAGACGAGCCAGUGAAGGACGGAAAAUUUCAACAUCCAGUAUUGAUAAGAAAGUCAGUUUUGAGCGAGAAGUGUCGAUUAAAGAGGAAGACAGCGGCAGCAUGAGUCGGAAUGAUAAUGAGACAUCUAAUGGAUCAUAA